CAAUGCGAUCAUGCUUGUCGGCAUCAUCUGGACGGACAUACCAGGGCUCGAUCUAAGCUCUGUGUGUUUGACGAUUUCGUGGGCCGUGUUCGUUCCGGCCUUGUUGCGCAGCAAAGGCGGAAGGACGACGAAACGGUGGAAACCGACGGCAACAUGAAACCGACAAACACUGUAUAGGUCAGGCCCUGGAAAAUGCUGGUCGCGUCGAUAGCUACGCUGACGUCCUUCCUGUGGGGGAAGCUGUACUUUGGGGAGCCCUCCGCUGACUUCGGCAUGGCCCUGCUCGGCCUUGUCCUGCUGCUGUUGGGCACCUGCUCGCUCUCGGUGCUCCUCGCCUCGCGCGUGCGGACGCUGCCGACGCCGGCACGGACAGCGGCCAGCGCGGCCGAGCUCUGUCCUCCGGCCGUGCCGAUGCGGGCAUGGGCAAGGUGGUCCUGGGCCUGACCUGUACCGCGCUCGCGGGCGUGGCAGGACGCAGCUGCUUCCCCAUCAACAAGCUGCAGCCGGCGAGCCAGCAGGGCAUCUCCUUCGUCUGGGCCCAGGGUCUGGGCGUGCUGCUGGCCCAGGGCGGCGUGACCCUGGUGGCGCUGGGCCUGGAUGUGCUGGCUGCAGCGGGCGCAAAGCCAGAGUCGGCGCUGGAACCCUCGGAGACGCCGUCCGGGCUGGUCCGUGGGCGCUGGGAGGCGCGGCGCAUCCUGCACCUCGCGCUGGCGCAGGGCGCCAUACUCGGGUGCGUCAACGUGACUACCACGGUGGCAGGCCUGUCCCCUUUGGGCAUGGCCGUGGCACAGCCCGUCCGCGAGUUCUGCGGACCCCUGGACGGUGACAUGGCCCUACGCUUCCGCCUGGUAACCUCGUGCUGUAACAUAGCCAUGUUCUGCACCCAUGCCGCGUCGCUUCGACAGGACGCCGCGGCGCUGCGGCGGCAGGCGGAGAUGCUGCGCGCGGAGGCGGCCGAGCUGCGGGACGCGACGGAGAAAGAGCGUGAGCACCAGCGGCGAAUGCAGUUCAAGGCCUUCGAUUACGACGGCUCGGGAGCGGUGGACUGGCAGGAGCUGCAGCUGGGGCUCAAGGAGUACUGGGGCGUGGACCUGGAGGAGAGCACCGUGAAGCGCCUCAUCUCUGCGCACGACGACACUAACCAGGGCGUCUUGCAGUUCGAGGACUUUUGCUUGCGGCGCAUGGAGCGGACCCUCAGGGAGUUCGAGAGGGAGGACCGCGAGAAGCAGGCCGCCGCGAGCGAGAGGGAGCGGCAGCUCCAGGAGAAGGAGCAGGCCCGGGCAGAGCGAGACGCCAUGCUGAGCGAGUACUUGGACACGCUGCCCGAGUCCAACACGGAUGGGAAGUGA